AUGUCUUCAGGAGAAGAAGAAGAAGAAGAGGAACAACAGAGGAAGAAGAAAAAAGAAGAAGAAGAAGCUUCUUCUCUUCCUUCCCAUUUAUCAUUAUUUAAUCGGUUUCAAUACGAAAAAUUAUUUCAGAAUUUCAGAAUUUCAAAAUCUCAGAAUCUCAGAAUUUCAGAAUUUCAAAAUCUCAGAAUUUCAGAAUUUCAGAAUUUCAUAAUUUCAGAAUUUCAGAAUUUCAUAAUUUUAGAAUUCCAGAAUUCCAGAUUUCAGUAUUUCAGAAUUUCAGAAUUUCAAAAUCUCAGAAUCUCAGAAUUUCAGAAUUUCAAAAUAAUUUUCGAAAUUUCAGUAUUUCAGAAUUUCAGAAUUUCAGAAUUUCAAAAUCUCAGAAUCUCAGAAUUUCAGAAUUUCAAAAUGAGAAUAUUUCGAAAAACCGGUUUCAAUGACGAUAUUUCAACAAAAAAGAGUAAAAAAGAAGGGAAAAAAAGAGUCGAGUAG